UCUGCCUCUCAUUCUUUCCACAUUUGCUUAUGGAACCAACUCAGAAAAGCCUCCAUAGCUUUGAGUUUCAAGCUUUUCUACCCAUCAAAAACCAACAGAUUCCAUCUUACCAGUCUCCUUUUUCUACUGUUUCUGAUUCUACUUCUCCUGUUUUAGCUGUUGCAGUUCUAAGUGUGAUGGGCACAGCUUUCUUGCUUUUGGGUUACUAUAUUUUCAUCAGCAAAUGCUGCUCUAACUGGCACCAGUUUAGUUUGCUGAGGAGGUUUUCAAGUUUUCAUACCCCCCAACAAGAUGAAGAUCCUUUCAUAGCUCUCUCUCCAACAACAAUGUGGAAUCGCGGUCUCGAAGAGUCGAUGAUUCGCCAAAUCCCGGCUUUUCAAUUCGAAAGAGACGGUGAAGGUAGCGGUAUUUAUAGCUGUGUUGUUUGUCUAAGCAAGUUUCGAGAGAAUGAAAUGCUAAGAGUUUUACCAAAAUGCAGCCACACAUUUCAUUUGGACUGCAUUGAUAUCUGGCUGCAAAGCAACUCUAAUUGCCCUCUUUGUAGAACAAGCAUUUCAGGCAUAACAAAGCCUCCAAUUGAUCAAAUUGUAGCUCCAAGUUCUUCUCCACAAAACUCACAGCUUCUUUCCAACAGCAUAAUGGGAAGUGAUGAAGAUUUUGUAGUCAUUGAACUUGGUAGGGAAGAUGAAGAAGUUUUCUCACCAGGGCAACAUGAGGGUAAUGCUUCAAGAGAAGUACUAGUUCAGCAGCCCAGAUACCAUUCUCCGAAAAAACUCGAAAACAAGGUCGGCAAACCAAAAACUCGAAAGUGUCACCAUGUUUCGAUCAUGGGAGACGAGGGAAUCAAUGUUAGAGCAAAUGAUGAUCAAUUCUUUACUCAACCCAUCAGAAGAUCCUUUUCCAUGGAUUCUGCAGCUGAUCAGCAGCUUUACUUAACCGUUCAAAUGAUAAUACAUCAAGAUAGGCAAAUCACUGAGUCCAGUAGUAGUGGUAGUAGUGCAGAAAUUGACAGCAGAAACCGAAGAUCUUUCUUUCCGUUUCGAUCGGGACGAGGAUUGCAAAAAUGCAAUUCUUCCACUUGAGUCUGAUAUGUAAAUAUUCCGAGGAUUGAUUCAUUUCAUUCAGAUUUAGCUCCGUUUGCUUUUGAUUUCAGUAGUGAGUGAAAAAAUUUAAUAGGUGAAUGAGUAUUACACACAAAAAAGAUGGUGUUUACUUGUAAGUUUUUUCUUUAUGAAACUUUACUCAUUAUGGAAAAGAGAUGAAAAAAGAGACUUAUUGAAACUUUGGCAUGCUACUGGAAAUCAUUGCUUAAACCACUAAACAUUGCCUUGCCUCUCUUUCUUUUCCAAGUCUUCAUCAAUGAGAAUGAUUGCUUGUCUCCUUUCUUUUGGAUCUUGGUUAUGAAUGGAACACAGAGAAGAGUGGACCCAAACUCUCAUUCAACUAGCUGAAGGGCUUCUUCUCAAUUAUCUUCAUCUUCUGUAGUACACCCCAAGCUCAGGA